AUCUGCGGAACACGGAAGUGACAGGCAGACGCGGUUGAAACUUUUAUAGUUCAGUCAUUUACAUGAGAUAUUAUUACAACGAAGUCAUGAAGUUACGACAACCACUUAGCUAAGCCUCAUAUCCGCCAUGUUUAUCUUUCUUUUACCGUUAAAUACAACCAAACAGACGUCCUCGUGUACUUUGUGACAAACUAGUUCAUAACUAAGAAACUUGACGAUGGAUAGAACACCGUUAGCUUAUUCGCUUAUAAUAGCCGCGAUUCUCGUAAGCUUUCCUGUGGUGUUAGCGGCUCAGCAGCCCAACAUCGUGGUUAUCCUGGCAGAUGACUUCGGUUGGCAUGAUGUCGGCUACCACAGCUCGGAGAUCAGCACCCCGAACCUGGACAAGCUGUCAGCAGCAGGAGUCCGCCUGGAGAACUACUAUGUUCAGCCUCUGUGUACCCCCUCCAGGAACCAGCUGAUGACCGGGAGAUACCAGAUCCACACGGGCAUGCAGCAUCAGAUCAUCUGGCCCUGUCAGCCCUACUGUGUGCCUCUGGAUGAGAAAAUGCUGCCCCAGCUGAUGAAGGAGGCGGGGUACGCCACGCACAUGGUGGGCAAGUGGCACCUGGGCAUGUACAAGAAGGACUGCCUGCCCACACGCCGCGGCUUUGACACAUACUUUGGCUACCUGACGGGCAGCGAGGAUUACUUCACUCAUGUCCGCUGUGUUCCCGUCCCCGCUCUGGAGCUGACUCGCUGUGCGUUGGACCUGCGGGAAGGAGAAGAGGUCGCCGUCGGAUACAAAGGAGUCUAUUCCACUGAGCUGCUCACCCAGAGGGCCACCAGCAUCAUUGGAAAACACAACUCUAACAAGCCGCUCUUCCUCUACGUGGCGUUGCAGGCAGUCCAUGCACCCCUGCAGGUGCCCCAGCGCUACGUGGCCCCCUACAGUUUCAUCAAAGACCCCAAUCGCAGGCUGUAUGCCGGCAUGGUGUCGGCCAUGGACGAGGCAGUGGGCAACAUCACUCUGGCUUUGCAGCAGGGAGGGCUUUGGGACAACACGAUCCUGGUGUUCUCAACAGACAACGGAGGUCAGACGCUGACCGGUGGCAGCAACUGGCCACUGCGAGGGAGGAAGUGGUCGCUGUGGGAAGGCGGGAUCCGCGGAGUCGCAUUCGUCGCCAGCCCGCUACUGAAGCAACCCGGGACCGUCAGCCGCGAACUCAUCCACGUCUCCGAUUGGCUGCCGACACUUGUCGGCCUGGCAGGAGGGAGCACCAACGGUUCAAAGCCGCUGGACGGAUUCAACGUGUGGAACACAAUCAGCAAAGGGUUUGCCUCACCCAGACUGGAGCUGCUGCACAACAUUGACCCUCUGUAUGUUGACAUCGCUCCAUGUCCUGGCACCAAGCGUCAGUUAACUUUGGAUCAGGUGGUCAGCGGAGCCUCCCGGGCCAACUCUGGCUUCAAUGUGUCCAUUCACGCCGCCAUUCGAUCCUCAAACUGGAAGCUGCUGACUGGCUACCCAGGCUGUGACGUUUGGUUCCCGCGGCCCGGCCACAACAGCUCCGAGUCGAGCCGCUCCAGGGUGGAUCCACUGAAGUCCGUGAUGCUGUUUGACAUAGAAAAAGAUCCAGAGGAGAGGAAUGAACUAUCCGCUCAGUUCCCCACAGUAGUAGACUACCUCCUCCGUAGGCUUCAGCAAUACCAGAAGGGGGCCGUGCCGAUAAACUUCCCCAGUGAUGACCCCAGAUGUGACCCAGGCCCCACUGGAGCCUGGGGACCCUGGGCUUAGAUGGCAAUGACGAUGAGGAUGAGGAUUUAUAGAUUUUAUUUUUUAUGACCAACUAGAUUCUUUACAUUUUCAUCAACCAGCGGAGAAACUUAACAGUCGUUAAUUGACUGACAGAUGCUGCCGUUGUUAUUGAUCUCUGUGUCCCUGCUCUGCUUUCGGAGGUUUAGUUAAGGCGAUUGAGUAAAUGCUGUCAGCUACACAUGUUGCUGAUUUGUAAAGACUAUACCUCCCUGCAGUUUCAGGUAUUUGCACUUCAUUUGUCUACCAGUGAGAAGCCGCAAAGCUGUCAAACAAAAAAAAUGGCUGUUUUUAAACCUGAGAGAAAUAUUUCAAUACCAAGCAAACGAUGGUGUCUUUUUGGAGCUUUUUCAAUGAUUGUACAGGAGAGAGCAAAAUGUUAGAGGUUACCUUUUUAAACAUGUGACCAUCGCCAGGACAAGAUUUCUGUAGGGAACUAUAUGUCACCAAAUCACAGAGUAAUGUGCAAGAUAAUGAGGCCACACGUGGAGAGCAAAAACAAAGCUAAAAGGAGAGCGAAUAUUGGAGUUACGUUUGUAAAGUUGCCAGAAACGCGACUGCAAAUGAAUGCUAAUGGUGCUCCAUAUCUGCUGGAUGUGCAAAUAAGCAACCGUUUGCUAACAAGACCUUUUUAUAAGGUGAUAAUAGGUCAAUGUUGUGAUGUGCGCAUUGCCCCUAUAUAGCCAAAAUGUUAUAUUUCAAGUUUAAAAGCCUUUAAAUUAAGUGUGCUCUACUUUGUUUUUGCAAAGUGCCUACUGGCAGAGGCUUAAGAUGUGUUAUCUAAUUUAUUUCUUUUUUUUGGUUCUGGAACACAAAAAAAUAGCAUAAUAAAGUGGCCAAAAUGCUGUGAAACUGUUUCCGGAUGCUAA